AUGUCUCUGCCUCUAGAGAUGUUCUUGAUGUCCUUCUUCUGCUUCUUCUUUAUAUUCUUCCCUAUGGACACAGUUUCUCAAGUCACAGACCCAACAGGUGGACAGUUUAGCUUCAACGGCUACCUAUACACCGACGGAGUUGCAGAUCUAAACCCUGACGGAUUAUUCAAACUCAUCACUUCAAAGACACAAGGUGGAGCUGGUCAAGUUCUCUACCAGUUCCCUCAAAAGUUCAAGAACUCAAGAAACUACACCGUUUCAUCUUUCUCCACCACCUUCGUCUUCGCCAUCACGGCGACCAGUAAAACAGUCGCCGGUUGUGGACUCUCCUUUGACAUCUCCUCCACAAAAGGGUUGAAAUCUUCUGCAAGCAACCGCUCUGUUUCAGUUGAGUUCCAUACCGCCAGAACCAAAGGUAAAGAUGUAAACGAGGUUGCUGUCAACGUCAAUGGUUUAAAAUUAUAUAAAAACCACUCUGCUGGUUAUUACAAAGAUGAUGGAACUAGUUUUGUGGAUAUAGAGAUUGCAAGUGGAGAACCAAUACAAGUAUGGGUUGAGUAUAACAACUCAGCUAAACAGCUUGAUGUUACAAUGCAUUCUAUCACUACAUGUAAGCCAAAGAAGCCUCUGCUUUCGCUGCGAAGAGAUCUUUCUCCUUAUCUACUUGAGUACAUGUAUGUUGGCUUCACUUCAGUAGGUAGUCCAACUUCUUCUCAUUACAUUCUUGGCUGGAACUUCAACAACAACGGGUCAGUUUUACCUAUAGCUCUCUCUCGUCUCCCUAAACUUCCAGACGAAAAAGAUCGGUCGUUGAGCCGCAAGAUCUUGGUGAUUAGUUUGAGUCUUUCAGCGUUUACACUCAUUCUAGUCUUGGUUUUUGGAGCUGUCUUCUACUUGAAGAGGAAGAAGUUCUUGGAAGUUAUUGAGGACUGGGAAGUUCAGUUUGGUCCUCAUAGAUUCACUUACAAAGAUCUUUUCAUUGCUACUAAAGGUUUCAAGAACAGUGAGCUUCUUGGAAGAGGAGGUUUUGGGAAAGUCUUCAAGGGGGUGUUACCAUUGUCUAGCAUACCGAUCGCGGUGAAGAAGAUUUCUCAUGAUUCAAGACAAGGAAUGAGAGAGUUUUUGGCUGAGAUUGCUACCAUUGGAAGACUCAGACAUCCAGAUUUGGUUCGUCUUCUUGGCUACUGCAGACGCAAAGGAGAGCUUUACUUGGUUUAUGACUUUAUGCCUAAAGGAAGCCUUGAUAAGUUUCUUUACAAUCAACCAAAUCAAGUUCUUGAUUGGUCACAAAGAUUCAAGAUCAUCAAAGAUGUUGCCUCAGGGCUUUGUUACUUGCAUCAGCAGUGGGUGCAAGUGAUCAUCCACAGAGAUAUUAAGCCAGCAAACAUUCUUCUUGAUGAAAAUAUGAACGCGAAACUUGGUGACUUUGGACUUGCAAAACUAUGUGACCAAGGGAUUGAUUCUCAGUCCUCAAAUGUUGCAGGUAAGUUUAUAGUUUUGUGA